UGAAGUCACGUGCUCCACCGCCUAGUGUCUCUCGGCGUUUCUACACCAUCACAAAUCAAACUCUCAGUCAGCGCCCGGCGGAGAAGGAAGCCGAGAUGAGCGGCAGAGAGGCGUGUGCAACACAGACAGAGAGCCCCCAAGACACCAGCGGGCUUUCACUGUGAACAUCUAACAGAUUACAUCCGCUGCAGCUGGCUUUUUUUUUUUUUUUUUUUUUUUUUACUGAUUCCUGAACCCAUCGGAACAGGACAGGAGAUGAGAUUCACACAGACCCGGAGAUCUCCGCCUGGUUCCAAGCAGUCCGCCAGCGUUCAGCGGUGCGUCGAGGGUGUCCGGGGCACAGAGCGCGCAGCCCAGAGCCGCUCCACCUCAAUUGUGGACCGAGGACAGUUGCUUCUCUCUUCCUAAAGCACAUUUUUGUUCUGCUGGAUUCUGGACUCAGGCGGGGGGGGGGAACCAUGAGGGCUCUCUCAGCAAACUUGUUCGCUGUGCUCUUAAUGUGUGCCCUUGCAAGUGUUUUCUACGUGUGGAGCGCGCUGGAGAAUCGCUUGGAGCGACACAAACGGGGCUCCUCAGUGCCGGAUGGGGGGUCCUUUCAUCAAGGUCCUUCAGAGGACCAUUCUGCCAAAACUUUCCGAGCGCUGCUUGCUGUUCCAGUUGCACAAAGACGGAACUCGGCGGGCAGAUCGAAGGCUCAAAACCUCACCAAUCCAUCUGCCUUUGUGGGAAGUCGAGAUUAUCAUGUGAAUAGGGAUGACGAGAGGUCAGCGCAACGGGAGGGUCCGGUCAAGUUAGGCUACCCAGUGGAUGAUGGGAUAUUCUGGAGCAACUGGCUGGAAGACGUCCUCCCUGUGAGAUUCACGGAGGGAUACGCCGAGGCUUGGAGGAGCAAAGCAAGGACAUCACCUGUGGUGAAGCUGGAGCCUGGAUGCGGCAGGAUAUCCAAUCAGCUGGCCACGUUUGCAGACGGGACUAAGGCGUGUGUGCGCUACGGGAUCAACGCCGACCAGGUGCAGGGGGAAACUCUGACAUACUACCUGGCCAGUCUGCUGGGCAUCACAAAUCUGCCUCCGCUCGUACUGUCCCAGCUUAACGGCGACAGUGCGCAAUGGGUGGCCGUGAGGACGCGGAUAAAUAAUUUGCAGUGGAGCGAUCGGGCUGUUGUGUCUCUCACAGAGUGGAUUUCCAACCUGACCGGAGUGGUCACACCUGCGCCCCUCAGACAGGAGAGCAGCGGGCUGCUUCCUGCCCUCAGGUGCUUCGAGAACAAAACUACGGCAGAGCUGCUGGAGCUGAUGCAGUGGAGCGACCUGAUAGUGUUCGACUACCUGACUGCGAACUUCGACAGGCUCGUCAGCAAUCUGUUCAGCCUGCAGUGGGACCCCCACGUGAUGGAGAGGGACACCAACAACCUCCUGAAAACGCCCCACGGGGACCUGGUGUUCAUAGACAACGAGGCCGGACUCGUGCACGGCUUUCGGGUGUUGAACAUGUGGGAGAAAUAUCACCAUUCAGUCCUGAGCUCCGUGUGCGUGUUCAGGAAAAGGACUAUGCAGCGCGUGGCGGAGCUGCACAGGCGCAGAGACUCCAGGCAAAGGCUGCUGGAGCUCUACAGAGACAGCGAGCCUUUGUCUCAGGAACUGGGGUUUCUCUCUGACGAGCACGCUGCAGUUCUACAAGACAGGAUAGAUCAAUUGUACAAACACAUCAUGCAAUGCAAAGAAAAGUACAAUCAGCUGUGAGCACCAAGGGCGCACAGGUGAUAGAUUGGCAUGGCAAGCCAUUAAUGACCAACAGUGGUGCUCAGGACACAGUACAAUGUGAAAACCCUACCAGAAAACCGUAUUCGAGGGGUGUUUUGAAUUCUUUCGUCUGAACAGUUUUUUUUUCUCUUCAAGAAAUUGAAAACGAAAUGAGGUUGCCUGCAUCAAAGUUUAUGCUACAUUAGUUUUGGCUUGUGUGAUAUGUUAAUGAUAAUAGUAAAAGUUUACAAAGGCCAGUUGAUGUCAAGCACCCCUUCAACAUUAUCUAAAUCGAUGAAAGUUGGUGUCAAUUGUGGUACGUUUGUCCUACUACAAUUUUCAACGGUGUUGCUGUUGUUCUAAAGAAAAAUAACUUUUAUUAAUAUAUGUAUAACAGAAGCAAAUGCUUCAAUGAAGGUGUAAGUAGUGGAAAAAUUGCCAUUUAAUGACCAGAUGGCAUGUUGGAUGUUUUUAGUCCUCAUGAACAGUUAUUUACUGUACAACUGUGUGACAUAAAAAAAAAAUGUUUAUUGGCCAGAUAGAUAGCUUUGUUUUCAUCGGUUGUUAACACAACUUCAUUUUACAGUUUUUCAAAAAUGACUGGAUAAAACAUAUGUAAAAUAUGGGGUUCUGGUGGGGAUCUUUCAGUGUCCUGAAAUUAAAUGGUGAGUUUUACAUAUUUUUUUUACCAGACAGUACACCAAUGUUUGGCACUAAUGGAAUGCCGUAGUGGUUUGUAAGGUAUGAGGAGCUUUGCAAAACCAAUGCCUGUUACACAAAGCUGAUUUCAAUAUCCAACUGAACUACCUCUUGUGAAUAAAAUGUGUUGCCUACUUUAAAUAUAAGUCGAGUUUGAAAAAUGUUCAUAAGCUUCCCGCUGAGAUUUACGCCUCUCUGAAGUGGAGAUAAUGUGGCCAAUUUAAGUUAUUUAUUUUUCUUAAUUCGCUGAACAUUUGCUGACCUGAAUAUGAACAAAUGUAAAGAGUAUCUGCUGUAGACCUGUUUGUGAUUAGGGUACCAUAAUAAAGUCCUUAAAGAGAUAGCUAGUAAUUUUUACCGUGAGGUUAAAAACUUAUUAGCAGUUAAUAUCUUAGAUGUAUCAGAUAACUGUCAUAGUGUCUUCACUUUGCAAAAAUAAGAAGUGGUUUUCUUUGGAUCCUGAAGCUAAUGGCUACUCAGAGAGGGACCGAGAUCAAAGUGGGCUCCUACCCUCUUUUAAAAAACAGAGUCCACUCUCAAAGGUCUCACAGUAGUUUAUGCAAAUUAUUUUUUAGGAACAUUUAAGCUGUCAUCAUGUUUGUAUGGGGAAGUUAUUAAGAUGAAAGCUGUUGAUUUCUUUCAGUGUAAGAAAUCAGGAAAUCCUGGAGCGUCCUGGCUCCAGGAGGGUGUGCACUUCAGAACAUCUUCCAUAUGAAAUGCAUGCUAAGAACACAACAUGUUACUCCUUUUUUAGUUAUUUUAGUAUUUUAUAGUUUUAAGAUGUUAGAAGCCCACUUCUGCUUGACCCCUCUGCCUUUUUAAUAUAAAAAUUAAGACACUAUAAGAGUUUCUUAAUUUUUACUUAUGAUAUUAACUAUUCAUAAGCUUUUUGCAGAACACCAUUUAAAAGAAUCAGAACUACCCUUAUGUUGUGUUUGAAUUUUUGCCUUGUGUUUAAAUAUCCAAGUGACAUAUGCUUACUCCAAAGCCUUAACCUAUGUUGAUUCUUCUUCAGUAUUGUAUUUCUGUUCACAUUAGCUCGCUUUUUAUAGACAGUAAUUUGCACACAUUGUAAUAGAUAGCACCUGCACUCGUGUCAAUGUGUUAAUAUUCAGCCUUAAAAGUCACAGGUGUGUCAAAUCUAUUGUGCAUUUGCUGUUUAUGUUGUAAAUAUUGUCUGGCAACAAGUUUUGAUGCUAAACUGACUUAAUGUGCAUUGUGACAUUCCAAAAUUGUGUCCUUUUUUGAAAAAAGAAAUACACAAAACGUAUUUUACAAUAUGUGUUUUGUACACAGAAUAUACCCAAAAGCAUUAAAAUUACUAUUGGUGUAGUAUAUCUAGAGUCUCGGGGCGGGGAGUUAGCGUAAAAGUCUAUUUAGUCUUUGUAUGUUACAGGUACAAUUUUUCACAAAAGCUUGACUGUUAGCCACAUGCUUGCAACAACACAAAUCUCUUUAAUCCCCCUUUUUAAUCUCAUAGAGCUAAAGUAGACUGACUCUUUGGGACACAUUUGAAAAAUAGUUUUAGUGUUCCCUAACUAUAACUUCCCUUUUUUUUUUUUAUUAAGAACACAACAAUUUAGGUUUUUAGAUCAAACCUAAAUUGCUAAGCUUUGGUCAAAGAUUAUAAAUGGUUACUGAACCAGAUCAAUAAUAGUUUGUGUUUUAGGUUCAAUCUAUUGACCUAAAAGGGAAGCAUGCUCAGAGAUGAUCGGAUUGAACACUUUACAAUUAAUGAGAGCAGAGUGUUUGUAUUUUUUCGCAGCAUGAUUUCGGAAUUUUAAAUGUUAUUUCCUGAGUGAAUGACUUCAACACUUCACUUUCCAUCAUUUUGUAGGCCCUGUUCUGUGUCUAAUUUCUGUUUGUCAAGCACAUCCAUAGAAUUUUGAAGGCUUCAUUUUUCACUAUUUUGUUGUCAUACGAAUAAUUAUUUCGCUGUUACUUUCCUUACUAGAUCGAAUGGUGCAGCACUAACAGUUUCUGCAAUAUCAAAUUAGCUCACCUCUUUCACAUAGUGGGUAUUUUUGGUACUUGCAGCCCUUGUGUCAAUGAUUUGUGGUUAUUUCACAACAGAAGAGUAGGCAGGUGCAACUGGACUAGUUUUUUUUCUCUAUUAUUUUCCAGACUGUGCCUCAGCUGUGAAUCAAUAUGUGCACUGACUGUAGUAUGGUCGAAAGCAGGUCAUGUUAAUGAGCAGGAUGAGGGGUUACAUGUGAAUAUUUGUGUCUCGGCAGGGAUUUUUCAAAGACUGCACUUACAGCUGGGUUUGGUGCUGUAAGCAUGUCUGUUUAUGCUCUACAGAGAUUUUGCAGCAAGCUGCACACACUAGGGAUUAAAAACAAUGCCAAACAGAGGUCUGCACGUCUGAAGCGCACUUCCUAUCCUCCUUCUGUAUUGUAUUUGCUUUCUCAGUAUUUUAUCUACAUCACAACCAUUUCUCCAGUGCAUCUGUAUUCUUUUAAAACAUUAUUGUCAGCUUCAUUUGUGAAUAAAAGAGAGAAUGAAAGUUUAA